AAGGAGACAGUCGUGCGAUACUUUAAGGAUUCCUCCAGGGGGCGGUAGGGCGGUAAAAAGGAGCAGGCUGCCGAGCCAUAUGACAGAAGAAAACAAACAUGGCGUCUCUCAACAGCGAUGAGUGGAGGGCUAUCUGCGACAAAUUCACCAACGCCCUAAGGCUAACCGACACCGAAUCACGAAAUGACCCAGAAAACGACCCGUUCCGUUCAAAGUACAACGCCAGAGAGCUCCUCAGAGAGAUUUACUGUUCCCUCAAGAGCUUCGAAGGUGGCGACGGAGAAGAGGAGACGGGCCCCGACAGCAGCAACCAACCGCCGCCAGAGCAGCCUGUGGACGGCCAGCGGGAGGAUGCGUUCACGCAAGGCUUUUGCGGGGACUCUCCAGAGGGAAUGCGGGCAGCCAAACUUGGGGCGGUGGAGUAUUACCUGGGCGUCAACCAUGUCGAAACAGAAGAGUUGUCAGCCGGCCAGGAGCAUUUAAUGAAUUGCAUGAAGCUGUUGGACAGAUGCAGAGUGUCGUCGGAGAAUGUGUCGCUGGGGAUCCACGUCAGGAACCAGCUGGGCAUUCUUUGGGCUGGCAGGGAUGAGACGGAAACCGCCCAGGGCUUCCUUGAAACGGCAGAAUCCAUCUACCAACAGUACAUGAAAGAGGAUGGUACUCCCCCUACUGAUAUGACAGAAUAUUUUAGUGCUGAGGAGAGCAUGUUGACACAUCAGGAAAGGACUAAGAAGUUUGAGUUAGCAUAUACCCAUACUAUGUACUAUCUUGCUCAAGUUUAUCAAAACCUUGGUCAAACUGAGCGUGCUGCCACCUACUGCCACAGCACCCUGCAGAGACAGUUGCAGUUAAAUCAGUUCAACCCGAUGGAGUGGGCACUAAAUGCAGCCACUCUAUCUCAGUAUUACAUCACAAAGGGGAGAUACAUGGAGGGCAGACAUUGCCUUGCAGCAGCUACAGUAAUAUCAGGUCUGGCAGGAGAUGCUCCAUCUGAGGCAGCGGCUCAAGAAAGUAAACAUCUUUGUGACAGAGAGAGAGAGCGCAGGGAGCAUCUCAGACAGAAGAGAGCAGAGAUUGCUAGGUGUUGGAUAAAAUACUGUCUCAAUCUGAUGCAGGAUGCCAAGAAGCUUCUAGAGGACAACAUUGGUGAACUGGAUACUGAUCGUCAAGACGAGCUGAAGAGAGAGAGAAGACGACAGGAGGAGGAGGAAGAGAAAGGCAGGAAGACCACUCUGCUGUUUGGCUCUGAGGACACUUUUGACUCCAUCACUAGUGUGGAAGAAAAGGUGCUGUGUUUGAUUCCUUUGGACUUCACUGAGGCUAGGGCUGUUUUUCUGGUUGGACAGAAUUAUGUUACCCAGGCAAAGGAGUACUUCCAGAUGGAUGGAUACGUGACGGACCACAUAGAGAUAUUGCAGGACCACAGUGCUCUGUUCCAGGGUCUGGCUUUCUUUGAGGAAGACCUGGAGAGACGCUGCAAAAUGCACAAGAGACGAGUUGACAUGUUGGAGCCAAUCUGCAAUGACUUGAAUUCGCAGUACUACCUGUUGAUCCGCAGACAGCUGAUGUUUGAGUUGGCUGAGAUCUACAAUGAAAUGAUGGACUUAAAGUUGACGCUGGCCAAUAGUCAAACAGACUCCCAGUCUCUAGAUAACCACACCAUUAAAAAAUGUAACCAUCUCUGCGCUGCCUCUGCCAAGCACUACCAGAUGUUCCUCGACUCAAUGUGUUCUCCAGACGGGAAGUCUCCCGAGCACCUAGAGGAGGAGGUGCUCAGACCAGCUCUGGUGGCUCGAUUCAGAGUGGCUCGACUGCACAGCAAACUGAUCAGUUCUUUGCCCACAGUUCAGCUGGACAACCUAAACAAAUCUCUGGAAAACUACAAGUAUGUGGUCCAGUAUUGCGAGACCCAUCCGGAGGCAGCAGCAGCCGCGGAGACAGAGCUGGAGCUGAGUAAAGAGAUGGUUGGCCUCCUCCCUCUCAAAAUCAACCGCAUCAAGGCAAGAAUGGCUGCAAACAACUGAAAGAAGCCGCGUCGCAGACUGACAGAUUGAUUAACAAUCCCCGUUCAUUGUGUCAAAUGUGCUCAUCUAAACUGACCCCUUUUCAGACAACGCACACUGGACAGUUUAAGAAAGUGGGAGAUCAGAACCGUAUAGUCCUUUUUUUCUCUGUCCUGUGAGCAUGCUGCUUUCACAUGACUGUUGAAUGCAUUACAGGCCAUAUAUACUGUGUAUGCUCACAUAAGUAAUAAAUAUUGUGGUCAAUUUAAUCUUGAACUGAAACUGAGUCAGUGCUUUCUCUGCUUACGGUUGGUAAAAAAAUAUAGAUAUCCUUGUGAUGCCAAUAACUGAUUAAGAACAUUUUGUUAUUCACCACAGAGAACAAAUGUGUCUUCAAUGCAUAGACGACUUUCAUGGUUAACAGUAACUUAUAAACUUAAAUUAAGACUUCUCUUAUUUAUAUGGAAUGUUUUCUUUAAAAAACUGCCCUCAUUUUUUGUUGAACACUUAGUCCUUGUUGAACAAAAUCAUAAUUACUCAACUAGGCGGGCACGAGGUGGAGACUUUAAACUCCCUCGACCCAGGACAAACUCUCUAAAAUCCACAGUCUAUUAUAGAGCCAUAUUUCACUGCCAAUAACUACAUGAAGAGUUCAGAACAGAACAAGCUUCAAAAAUAUUGUGUCUUCAGAACUACUGCAAAUGAUAACAUGACCUGUGUGUA